AGGAGGCGCGGGCGCGCUACCGGCAGUGGCAGAUCGCCUUCGAGGACAUCGAGAGGCUCAUGGCGGCCGUGCUGCAGAACCAGGAGUGCCUCCGCCAGAUGGUGGAGUUCAGGGGGUCGAAGGACAACGAGCUCGAGGCUCGCACGCGGUUUCUCGAGGCCAUCGUGCUCGGGCACGCGCCCAGCGGCUCCACGGGCUCGCUCGCGGAGCUGCCCGGGGUGGAGGCCGUCCUCAAGGGCGAGGAGGUCUGAGGAGCCCCGACCAGCCUCCGCGGGCUGUCCGCUGUUCGCCGUGAAGGGAACGGGUCUUGUGGGGAGGGAGGGAGGGAGGCUGGCACCGCUGCUGUGAGCCACUGCGGUUGUUGCAUCUUGGUCUCCCAGGGACGCCAUGAGCCUGCGCCCGCCAGAGGACUCCGCCGCCGCCAGCUUCGCGCGCUGCUGCCAGCACGACGGCUGCUUCUUCUGUGUAUGCGGCACGCGCCAGCGUUUGAAACGCGUGCCCGGCGCCUCCCCGAUGCUGUUCCAGCUGCGCGGAAGGUUCGCGCUGGGCCGGCCGGGUGGCGACUGCCUCGUCGCCGCCCGUCGUCUGGGCCCGAGCGGCGGUCAAGGGGGCCUCGUCGCCGCCCCGCCGCCGCCUGGAUCGUACAACAUAGACUUCAC